AUGACUGAAAUUCUUAACAUCGAAGGCGAGCCGGUCUUUGACGAUCGCAUCGUCAAGAUCGAAACUCACACGUACAACCCGUACGCUAACACAACGUUCGAGUAUAGCGACGAGAUACGAAUACCCAUACAACAGCAGGAUCUGUAUACGUUGCCGUGCGAAAGUUUUCUCUGCGUCGAAGGAACAUUGACGGCGACCAGAGCAGCCGAUAACGUGGUAUUGGGGAAUAAUUGCGUCGCGUUUAUGUUCGAUGAGAUUCGAUACGAGCUCGACGGCGGUAUCGUCCGACAGAAGCGUGAUCCUGAGAAACGCCGACUGGGAUCCACAUUGCAGGAUAACAAGAAUGGAUACUUUAAUUUCUGCGUACCGCUCAGCCUGUUACUAGGAUUUUGCGAGGAUUACAAACGCGUGUGGCGAAUGCCUCACGUGGCAUUGAGCGAGAUCAACAAGCUGUCGAUGCUGCGCGCCUUGGAAAACGGACGAUAUCUAAAUAUGGGUUUCCGUUCGUGGGAUCUGUACGAGUAUCCCCUGUUGCAGAACACGACCAAGCACUCACGGGUCGAAAGAACGUCAUAUCCGGACACGAGCCGAUUCGACGACUGCAAAUUGACCAACGUGAAACUCUACCUAAACUCGGAAGUCUAUCCGUAUGACGAUUUGAAUUUGGACUUUGGCAAACACAGAUGGGCGAUUCUGUACGAUAUGUACGCGCGUUUCUGCAAGGGUUAUUACGGAUACGAAUAUCUCGAGCCGAGUCUCACCAUUUCGACUUUUCUGCGUAACGGCCCGUUCGUGAUCAUCGAUUGCUCUCGACAAAACGAAUCUGUCAAAAACGCCACCGUGGAUGUCAGAAUAGAAUUCGAUUGCAUGGAGAACGUACCGCCGAAUACCUCCGCGUACUGUUUCAUCAUACACGAUCGCGUGAUAGAGUACAAUCCGUUGACCAACGUAGUGCGCAAAAUAGUCUGA